GCCAGGUUGAAGCUAAACUCAAAAAACCCAAAUAUCUAUCUAAAUAUCCAACAAGGCAACAACCCCAUCAACCAAAUGAACAGCGCUCUAGAAUUCUGUUAUACUCUCUUCCAACAAAAGAUAUAAAAACAGAAAGGAAAUAUAACAUUACAAAAGGGGAAGAGAAUCAAAGCCACCCCAGAAGUUCUGUUUCCCUUUCCCUGAAUCUUGAAACCCCAUAUAAAAUAUUGCAUUUUUAUUUUAAAAAGCAACCCCAGAAGUUUGUUUUUAAUCUUUCUGAAUCAAGAAACCUCAGGAACAAGCAAAACCCAUAUAAGAAACCUUACAAAGAUUCAAUCUGAAAAAAUAAAGAGAAAAAAACAAUGGCGGAGGAGGAUGGUGAGGGGGAACAGAAGGGUUUCGUUUCAAGAAAAUCUGAGCCGUCCAAUUGGUGGACAACUUUCAAUCGAGAUCUAAUGGCAGGGGCAUUAAUGGGGGGUGCUGUGCACACAAUUGUGGCACCAAUUGAGAGAGCUAAGCUAUUGUUGCAGACUCAAGAAAGCAAUAUAGCGAUAUUGAGUGGUCCCCACAGGAGGUUUAAGGGCAUGUUUGAUUGCAUAGUACGUACUGUUAAGGAAGAAGGGGUUCUUUCUCUUUGGAGGGGCAAUGGUAGCAGUGUCCUCAGAUAUUACCCUUCUGUUGCUCUCAACUUCUCUCUUAAGGAUCUCUAUAGGAAUAUCUUACACAGCAACUUUCGAGAUGGUCACCUUUUGGCUGGUUCAUCGGCCAAUUUUGUUGCUGGGUCUGCAGCUGGAUGUACAACGUUGAUCAUCAUUUAUCCACUAGAUAUUGCACAUACACGGCUCGCAGCUGACCUUGGUAGGUAUGAAACUCGUCAGUUCCGUGGCAUUUACCACUUUCUGAGGACAAUACAUGGGAAAGACGGGAUUCGAGGCAUUUACAGGGGGCUUCCUGCAUCUCUUCAUGGAAUGGUUGUUCACAGAGGGCUUUAUUUUGGGGGUUUCGACACCUUGAAAGACAAGAUGGCCGAGAAUUCUGAAGCAGAGGUACCAUUAUGGAAACGAUGGGUGGUAGCUCAAGCUGUCACAACAUCUGCUGGCCUAUUGUCCUAUCCAUUGGAUACAGUUCGGAGGCGAAUGAUGAUGCAAUCUGGCUUGGAGAAGCCAAUGUACAGAAACACAUUGGAUUGUUGGCGGAGGAUUUACAAGACAGAAGGAUUUACUUCAUUUUACCGUGGAGCUCUCUCGAAUAUUUUCAGAAGUACCGGCGCAGCAGCUGUUUUAGUGUUAUAUGAUGAGGUGAAAAAGUUCAUGAAUUGGAGUGGAUUAUAGCAUAAGGGUGUUUCAGGUCAAUAGCAAUCAAUACAAAGACCAAAUUAGAUUAGCCUUACUUGUUAAAGAUGCAUUUUGAUAGCCACAAAGGUAACAAACAUACAAUGUUGUAAACACGUUCAGAUUCUUUUCACUUUUGGUUCACAAUAAAAAAUCAGAACUUUCAAAGUUA